UUUGCUCACUGUACAUUCAUAUCAUUUUUCUUCUCUGGCCCCAUGGAGGAAGUGAGAAAGUUGGCACGGUCACCCAGGGCUUCGCAGGACCAGGUCACUCAGUGACAGAUGGACAAUGCAAGGAUGAGCUCCUUCCUGGAAUAUCCCAUCCUCAGCGGCGGCGACUCGGGGACCUGCUCAGCAAGAACCUACCCCUCUGACCAUGGAAUUACAACUUUCCAGUCGUGCGCGGUCAGUGCCAACAGCUGCGCCAGCGACGACCGCUUCCUAGUGGGCAGGGGAGUGCAGAUCAGCCCGCCCCACCACCACCACCACCACCACCACCCCCAGCCAGCCUCCUACCAGACUCCGGGGAACCUGGGGGUGUCCUACUCCCACUCGGGUUGUGGGCCAAGCUACAGCGCGCAGAACUUUGGCGCACCUUACAGCCCGUACUCCUUAAAUCAGGAAGCAGAAGUAAGUGGUGGGUACCCCGCGUGUGCUCCCGCUGUUUAUUCUGGAAAUCUUUCAUCUCCCAUGGUCCAGCAUCACCACCACCACCACCAGGGUUAUGCUGGGGGCGCGGUGGGCUCGCCUCAGUACAUUCACCACUCAUAUGGACAAGAGCACCAGAACCUGGCCCUGGCCACGUAUAAUAACUCCUUGUCCCCUCUCCACGCCAGCCACCAAGAAGCCUGUCGCUCCCCGGCAUCAGAGACAUCUUCUCCAGCGCAGACCUUUGACUGGAUGAAAGUCAAAAGAAACCCUCCCAAAACAGGGAAGGUCGGAGAGUACGGCUACGUGGGUCAACCCAAUUCAGUGCGCACCAACUUUACCACCAAGCAGCUCACGGAGCUGGAGAAGGAGUUCCAUUUCAACAAGUAUCUGACGCGCGCCCGCAGGGUAGAGAUUGCCGCGUCCCUGCAGCUCAAUGAGACCCAGGUGAAGAUCUGGUUCCAGAACCGCCGCAUGAAGCAGAAAAAACGCGAGAAGGAGGGUCUCUUGCCCAUUUCUCCAGCCACCCCGCCGGGAAGCGACGAGAAGGCGGAGGAAUCCUCAGAGAAGUCCAGCUCCUCGCCCUGCGUUCCUUCCCCGGAGUCUUCUACCUCAGAUACUCUGACUACCUCCCACUGAGGCAGCCCCAGUUCCAGACACCGCAGCCCAGGCUACUCUUUGGGCUGGUACUUCUUACCCAAAGCACAUUCUUAGCUUAUCUUCCUUUCCAUUUACAGGCUCUCUCUUUCUUUCUGAUCCUAUCUGGGGAGCUCCUGGCCAGGAUAAUGUGUUUCCAGAGAAUUCUGUUCUAGAGGCUUAAGGGGGUGGGGUGGGGAAGGAUGUUAAGUCUUUAAUGCAGGUUGGGUGCCAUCGUCAAAUCUUUGAUGGCCCCUACCGCUCCUCCCCUGCCUUUAGGAGGUUUCCACAGAACCCACUUUCCUUUCAGAUACCCUUUGGAAAAUAAUCACCUUUGCCAGCAGAAACAUGCCAGAAGGAGGCCUCUCAUCUUUGAUGUAUCUGUAUAUUUACAAUUCCCCCCUACCUCGCCCUUAAAGUGGGCUAGAGAGAGCGUGCAGGAGCUCAUGAAGAAGUGAUGCACUAGGAGCGCGUUUACACAAUUCAUCCCUUAAUUUAAUUCACUUUCAUGUGUGAGUUUGCUGGUUGUAAAUACUUUGUUCUGAGAGAUUUAUCUUUAUACAGAUUUUCUAGCAAUGUUUAGAGUAAGUGACUGAAACAGGGUGGGCAAACUCUCAAAAGCUGGUACAAUUUUAUAUGUGGUUAUAGGUGAAACUCACAUGCCUCAAAAGGUAGCCUCCACUUGUUCUUUCAGUGAGUUAAGAAGGCCUGAAGAACCCAAGGUUCAGAAACUCAGUUUCCUGUGCUCUCUCCUCAUCCAUACCCCUGUCUUGUUUCUCUGGCCAUGCUCCAUUUAAAAUUUGUGCUGGGCUAUUUCGGUACCUAAAGGUGUUGUCCAAACCAGCUUUUUUUCUUUCACAGUUAUCUGUGCUGGAUAUGAUGUCUUUUCAGCUCAAUUGUUCAUGUGAUGGAUGGCACAAUGAAUGUAUAUUUUGUGUGAUUCGUGAAUAGUCUUUUGCAUGUCGCACAAUGUUUUGAUGUCCCUGAAGGACCACACUGAGUUCUAUCAGUUACCCUUUGUGAGCCUGUGAUAUUCCCUAUUUCCUGUACAAUCAUGAACAGCUCUGAGAUCGUGGACUGAUGUGAUCCAGAGCGGACUUUACGGGUUUUAAGAUGUCUGUAAUAAAUAUAU